AUGUCCAUCUUAAAAUCAAUUACUCAAUUCGGUCAAGUCAAGUCCUCAUCAGUCAAUAUGAAAUCAAUGAGCAGUGGUUCAUUCUCAUCACAAUCAAUGAAUGCAACUGCAUCCAAUGUUAACCUUUCUGUUCCAAACCUCCACCUUGACGUUCUCGGUUUGGUUGUUCUCGACGUCCAAAACCUUGAAUUGCAUGCCUUGUAA